AUCAUUUUUAUAAAAUUAGUCAUCAACUUCUGAUAAAAACAAAACCCUAAAAUAAAAAAGUUUUAAUCAUUGACUGGCAAUUGGAAGUUGAUCUAAUUAUAUCUCUGUGCAUUCAAUUCGCUGAUGCAAUUCGGCGUUCUUGAAACCCAAUCAAACACACACAGUACACAACAGUUACAUAUUUAAAGAAAGACCUGUUCAUUACUAAAAAAGCCAGACCCGAGUCUUUCUCUCUCUAGCUAUUUUUUCUCUACAGAUUUUGCACUGCAAACCCCAUAAAUUUCAUCACUCUUUUUUGGGAUCUGGAACACUUUAAUUUCCCGAACACAGUAAAGAUUUGAUUUGAUAGGUUUUUUCUCGGAAUGCGAGCUUCUUAGUGAUAGAUUUCUUGACAAAUUCUUCAUCGUGUAAUGUGUGAAUAUUAUUAUAUUGAAAAGUGUGCAAUGAUUGUGUUUUGUUUCAAACUCUGAUUUUUGACCCAGAUCUUGAAAUGUAUUGCCGAUAUUCUGAAUUGGGUGUUUUUCAUUUUCGAAAUCAAAUCUGAGUUGGGUUUUUUUGUUUUUGCUUUUCGUGGUUCAAGAAAGUUGCGAAUUGAUUUUUUUUUUUUUUUUGAGGAAUGAUGGCUCACCCAUCAGACCAUAGGUUGUGUAGUCCUGGAUUACUGAGAUUAGUGUUGGUUUUGGUGGGUGUUGUUUUGGUGGGUUUUGUAGUAGGACCGCCAUUUCUCUGGCUCUUGAAGGGAAAUUCAUCUGUUGAAGCUUCAUGUCCUCCAUGUUCUUGUGAUUGCUCCUCAGAGACCAUCCUCUCCAUGCCUUUAGACUGCGGCAAAGACGAUCCUGAGAUGAGUGAGGAGAUGGAGAAGGAUAUUAUUACUUUACUUUCAGAGGAGCUUAGUUUACAGAAAAAUGUUUCCAAUGAUAACUUAGAACACACAAAGGUGUUGAUAAAGGAUGCUAGGCAAACCUCUUCACACUAUCAAAAAGAAGCAGAGAAGUGCAAUACAGGAGUGGAGACUUGUGAAGAAGCAAGAGAGAAGGCUGAAGCAGCACUGAUAGAAGAGCGUAAACAAACAGAAGAAUGGAAGAAGCGAGCUCUUGAGCAUGGGUGGAAGGAUGAACGAGAAGUGUAUUAGCUGCUUCUUUUUCCCCUCAUUGAUAGUGAUCCAUCGCAAAUAUGCUUGUAUUCUUAUUGCCCAUGGGAUCCAUUAUGUGAAUAUUUCUCUUUUUCUUUUUUCCAUUUUUCUCUUUGAUCCAUUUUGAGAAUUAUUACAAUUGACCUGCAUUGAAGGAGAGAGUAAGUAGUUGUAAGCAUUUCCCACUUAUUGUGUAGGCUUUUCCACUUAUUAUGUAUAUGACAAUGACAUAUUUUGUUCUUGAAAUGAAGUGGAUGAAAAUGACAAGUGACUUAUAUUUUAUUUUA